GGCUGACAACGUCGGCAGCAUUGUCGACUUGAGCGCUCUAAAGCCCGAAUCAGGAAAACUGGAUCUGUUCAUCGUGAAUUGCCAAGUUCCUUCCUACCAGCCCUCCAACCCUCUCUGGGGAGAGAAACAAGGGGACGGCCCAGGCUUCAACUUUGUCACAUACUUUGCUAUUCCUCCAGCCGUUCGAGAAAUGCUCGACGCACCAGGAGAAUCAUCGCUGCAAGCAGUUCGGGUACGUAAAGUAUUGCAGAAUGGCUUGAGGCAAAGCGUAUGGCUUAACAGUAACGCUGCGUGUGUGAUUUCCAGCUUCUUAAAGAUUUUAUGCAGCCUCAAAGUUGGGUGAGCGAGCGAUUCAAAGCGAUUGGCAUCGUGGUGAAUCCUCAGGAACAAAAUCUGGGGCGAGCUGAGCGACGUUUGCUCGAAACCUACAACGGCCAGCCGAUUCUUACUCGGCCUCAGCAUCGCUUUUACCGAGGAGAUGGCUACUUUGAAGUGGACGUGGACGCCCACGACUUCAACUACAUCGCGCGCAAAGGACUAGUUGGGGUUUCUACUCAUGCGUGCAACAUGAUCCUGGACUUUGGCUUCGUUCUGGAAGGCCAGGAAGACAACGAGCUGCCAGAACAAAUUCUGGGCUGUGUCCGACUCUGCAAAGUGGACUUACGCCAAGCACCAUGGCUCUCUUAGACUAGUGAUGUAAUUCAUCAAUAAAUAUAUUAUAUAACCGUA